CGCCCGGGGCUGCGCAUGCGCGGCGGGGCGGGGCCGGCGCGCGCCCGGAGCGGCGGGAGGAGGAGGAGGAGGAGGAAAAGGAAAAAGAGGAGGAAAAGGAAAAAGGAGGAGGAGCGCACGGUGUCCUGCAGCAUGGCAGGUGAAGAAUUCUUUUUGGGGGAGAAAAGAUUCAAGCAGUGCUGUGAAGACUUUGUUAAACAUUCGCAGCAGAUAGGAGAUGGCUGGGAGUGGAGAACUAGCAAGGACCUUGGUGAUGGUUAUCUUAGUAAGACACAUUUCCAAGUAAGAAACAGACACAUCCCACCAGACCUCAAGGAGAAAAACAACGAUAACACUGAACAAAUGUUAUUUGCACAUGUAGAAGAGCCCUCGGAUGACUCUCAGGCCGCUGGGGCUUGCAGCACAGAAGAAGUGGUUCGCUACGAGUACCACGUCCUCUACUCCAGCAGCUACCAAGUGCCCGUGCUGUAUUUCAGAGCCUGCUUUUUGGAUGGAAGGCCUCUGACUCUGGAUGAAAUAUGGGGAAGUGUUCAUGCAUCCUACCAGGCUCGUCUGCAGGAGGGCCCCUGGGACACUAUAACACAGCAGGAGCACCCCAUCCUCGGGCAGCCUUUCUUUGUCCUGCACCCCUGUCGAACCACUGAAUUCAUCUCAGCUGUGCUGGGAGGCUCACAGCAGCACCACAGAAACACAAAUUACAUCACACUGUGGCUCAGUACUGUAGGCCCAGUUGUGGGCCUGAAUCUGCCUUUGAGUUAUGCAAGACUGGCACCUGAGCAGAGCACAGCUGUGGCUGACAGAGCCCUGAGCUGAACGACUGGGAGUGGUUAGGUGUGAAAAAGCUGCUGCAGACUUCCCUGGGGAUGAAGUUAAAGGAUGCUUCCUGGCUGGUUAGCCAUGCCAAAGUGGAAAUGGUUGCUCAUGGCUCUUUCUCUGGCCAGAACUGGACACUGAUGAGGGUGGGAACUGGCUGCAGCUGUGGGAGCAGCUCCCCAGCCCCACCCAGGCCUGGCCUCCCUUGAAGUCACUCAUCUCCUGCCUCCUGUGCCCCUGCCCUUGCUGAGGCCGCACACAGAUCCACCAGCCAGAGCAAAUCCGGAGUUGCUGGAUUUACUGAACUUACCUCUAGAAAAUCUGCACCAUCUGUGGGGCAGAAAAUGCAGUAUAAGCACAGAGGAAUGCUCGUGGGACGCGGUGUGAGCUUGUGGCAACGAGAGUAUGGCUGAGACCGCUUCACCUGGGAGCCACCCUGUCCAGCAGAGCCUGCUGCGGGCCCAGCCCAGCGCGCAGAACACCCUCAUCCCGGGAUUUGCCCCUCGGGGAGCAGGUCCAGCUCUGCAGCUCAGGUGCCUGAGCAGCCGUGUGGGAACAUCUGGCUCUGCCGUGCUCCGCUGCCUGCCAGGGAAGCGCUCCGAGCCCCGGGGAGCUGCUGCUGUUCCCAGUCAGCGUUUCUCGGGUUGUUCACAGGUUUGCUCCCUACCCUGCGCUACUUCUGCAGCCUCCCCUGGCAGCUGUUGCUUUUUGGGGAGCUGCCUGGCGGUGCUGCCACUGAGAACCAGAUGAUGAGGAACUUCCCUGCCACCCUCCUGGCUUCUCUCCCAGCCCCAUUUCAUUUGCAGUGUUAAACAGAGUCUGAGCAGCUGACACUGGAACACAGGUUUUACUCUGUGCAUUCAGCAAUUGUCACUGCACGCAGGGUUAGGGCUGGGAGUGUGAAAUGCAUCCCAGAUUCUGUUUUUUCAGAUGAUGUUUUUAACUUGCCAUUGGUGGGUAUGGAACACAGAGUGCAGUCCUUCAAAUUCCAUCAAUGCGGAAUUUGUUUGCCAGACAUUUGGAAUUAAUAAUUAAAGCACAUUGUUUAUUUUGUUCUGUGUCAAUCUAACCUGGAAAGCCAUCUUUCCCAUGUAAGAUUUACAAAAAAUGGCUCGCAGCUACAUUGGCUUUUUUAACACUUUUGGUAACACAUCCACAGCCCAUUUUUAAAUUUCAGUGAGACUUAGGAUGAAGAACCAACAAAAAGAGGUAACAGCAGGUUUAAGAGAUGUUAAACAUUCACCCCUGCUCUGUGAUCUUCACUUGUGAUACCCUGGAACAGAAGAAGCACUCAACCUCCAAAAUGUGGAAUUUAUAUGUAAAGGAAAAUAAAUAUUUGUAUUUUACAUGGAA